AAAAUGGCGAACGAGGAUAUAGAAAUUCUUCGACAAGUUCGAAAUGAAGUCACAGAAUUACGAAAAUUGGGAGAAGAUUGGGGAAUGACCCCAUCACAGAUUAAUAACUGCAUUGAGGAGGCUUUCGGUCAGAAUUUAACAAUUCAAAUUACUGAGAAAAUCGCCAAGAAAAUACAACAGGGAACAAAAUGGAGCAAGGUCCGGUUCGCAUUCCGCUUAUGGCUGGCCUUCAUUAUUGUCCUGUUCGGGUUUGCUGUGAUGGUUACAAACACAGACUAUUUGUCCAGGGCUAUCGCUAAAGCCAUGCAACCCUACGGCUAUCCAUUGAUGAGAGCAGUUCGGUUAGUCGCUGUACCACUACAUCAUUACAAUAUCAGCAGUUACCAUAAUAAUGACUGUUUGGUGAUGAAUCCCUAUUUUAUUGAUUCUGAAGAUGAUUGUUUGUGUCAAGGAAUAACCAAAGUUCGUGUCACCAAACUGAAGAAGGAUAAAGAAUUAGGAAUGCAGUUUUUCCAAAAACCAAUUCUCUUCAAGGGUUUAAAGAAGGAUUUGGUUCCUCUACAAAAUAUCAUAAAACUGGUACAACGUGAAACUGAAAUUCUGAAAGAUCCGUCUUUAACUGUAGAAUCGAGUGUUGAUUGGAUGAAAACUAUUGGUGAUUUUAAUGACCUUGAUAUAGAAACUAGAAUUUACCAAGAAAAAAACUUCCAUGUUGAAUGGAAUAGUAGAAGAAUGUCAUCUAGUCAAACUCUACGAAGUUUAUUUCCUCGUCCAGUUGUUUAUCCCAAGAAAUCAGAGAUUGUCAUAUUGAAGAGUCUGUAUAUAGCUGGUCCUCAUUCUGAUGGUAUUUAUAAUAUGAAUAAUGGUCAUCCUGCCAAUGAUUUAUUCUAUAUACAGGGAGAACGUACGGUAGUUUUUACUCCACGAUAUGGAUGCCAGGAUGUCUGUGAUUCUUUUAACGUAAAAACAGAGGCAGGAGAUAUCUUGAUGUUUCCUAAUUCAUGGAAAGUUGAUCUGAGAAAAAACACAGAAGAAAUGAGUGUAUCAUUCCUGGGAGGAAUGGCUUGAAGUAGAGUUCCUUGACAACCAACAACAGUAAUAAUCUGAAGUAAUAUAAAGUUUAUUUGUGAAAUGUUAGAGCCAGAAGAAAAGUGGCAUUAAUCCGAGCCAUAACAUUUAAUAUUUGAAUCAAAAAUACAGGUAGCUUUAAAGAUUAAAUUAAUUUCAAAGUGUGAUAAAACUGUACUUAAUACAAUUAUUUUACUGAUUUUUAUUUGAAAUUAAAAUGAUAAGUUUGGGUGAAUUGUCCAUCAGUAAAUAUUUAUUAACUCACAUUCAUUAUUCAAACAUUGAUCUUAAUAAAAGUUUUAAUUUAAAACAAU